CCGUGAGCGCACCGCGGCGGGUGGAAAGCGUGGGGAUAGUGUUGCAGUCAGCAGUGUCCAAACAUGUCGUCUGGCUGUAAAAUCGGACCGUCCAUCCUGAACAGUGACCUGUCUCGCCUGGCCACAGAAUGUGAGCGCAUGCUGAGCUCAGGGGCUGACUACCUGCACCUGGAUGUGAUGGACGGGCACUUUGUUCCUAAUAUCACCUUCGGACAUCCAGUGGUGGAAUGUCUAAGGACACAGCUGGGAAAAGACCCGUUUUUCGACAUGCAUAUGAUGGUUGCUAAGCCAGAGCAGUGGGUGAAGCCAAUGGCGGCUGCUGGUGCGAACCAGUAUACUUUUCAUUUGGAGGCCACAGACAACCCAGGAGCUUUGAUUAAAGACAUAAGGGAGAGUGGUAUGAAGGUGGGGAUUGGUAUUAAGCCAAAUACAACUGUGGAGUACCUUGCUCCCUGGGCAAGUCAGAUCGACAUGGCCCUUGUUAUGACUGUGGAGCCAGGCUUUGGAGGACAGAAAUUCAUGGAAGACAUGAUGCCAAAGGUACAAUGGCUAAGGUCGCAGUUCCCUUCAUUGGAUAUUGAGGUUGAUGGAGGUGUAGGACCAGAUAAUAUACAUAAAUGUGCAGAGGCUGGAGCCAAUAUGAUCGUCUCUGGCAGUGCCAUAAUGAAGAGCGAUGAUCCUCGCACUGUGAUUAACCUGCUACGAAAUGCCUGUUGUGAAGCUGCUCAGAAACGCUCUCUGGACCGAUGAAGAGAAUGGAAAGCACAAUUAUUUUUGGCGCUCGCCGUACACUGUUCAGACUACUGUAGUGAGGAUCCAUUCCAAAUUCAAAGAAGUGGCUCUGGGACCAAGACCAGGGUGGACAGUAAUGAGCUGGAAUAACUCUUAAAACCUUGCAGGCUACAGAAACUGAUUUGAGGAACAGGAACUAGUGUUGGGUUUAUUUAGUAAACUGAGCAUUGUGAAGAAUUGACAACAGGGCUUUCAAAUUUUACACCAAAAUUUAGGGAGGAGGGGAGGGAGAGCGAAUGAGAAAUCCGUUUUGGUUUGGGGUUUUUUUCUCCGCUUAGCUUCUUUGGUCUAAAAUGUCCAAUUAUUUGUCAUUUUUCAAUAAUAUUUGGUUUAGUGACUAAACCUUCUUCCCUUUUGUCUUUACAUAUAGCAUUAGCUUGGCAACAGUUGGAAAAUGGAUUGAAGGGCCUGUCACCUGUGAGGUUUUAAUUAAAACAUCUUUAUUAACAAA